AUGUGGGAGGCCGACUCGUCCUGGUAUGGGGCGCCUCUCCUGGACCGUCGCGCGCCCGAUGCCACCCAACCCUACCACUGCCCCUCGUACAAGCUGCCCAAAUUCGGUACCAUUGAAAUCUCGCCCGGCAACACCAUCACCCUCGACGAGAACGCCGUCUUCCGCCCGCUAUGCACCAACGCAGCCACCUCCCAGGACGAUGGCACAGGCGGAAUCACCAGUGUAGCUGACAUGCGCGACCCCUUCCACGCUUCCAUCACACCCCAGGCCUACGCGACAGGCGCCGCGACCGUCAUCGCCUGGAUGCUCGUCAUCAUGCUCAUCAUCACACCUCGCACCUUCUUCGUCGGCAACGCUUCGGGACGUUCAGGGCUCAUGGGACGGCGCGGAAUGAUUAGCGGGGCAACAGGAGGUGGAUCUAUCAUAGGAGUCGGAAGCCGCCCGUGGCUGCAAAAGGCCGCAGCCCUGACCGUCGCCAUUUCUCUGACACUCGCCACUGCCGACACCUUCAAGAUCGCCGAACGCCAGUACGAGGAGGGUUUUAUCGACGCCAUGGAGCUGCGGGAUCAGGUCGUAGCCGGCAUGGAAAUCAAGGUUUCGCGUGUCGUGUCCGACAUAUUUCUCUGGCUCGCGCAGGUACAGACUCUGAUCCGCCUAUUUCCACGCCACAAAGAGAAGGUCAUUAUCAAAUGGGUCGGAUUUGCCCUCAUCCUGCUCGACAUCGCAUUCAGCUGUCUCAACAGCUUUGGUCCGUACGAAAACCAACGCCGCCCCGCACAUUUCGACACUGCCAUUCCUGCCCUCAGCUACCUGUUUCAGUUAUCACUGAGCAUGCUCUAUGCCGCCUGGGUUAUGUACUACGCCAUCACCAAGCGACGAUAUGCUUUCUACCACUCCAUGAUGUGGAACAUGAGUGUCAUCUCCCUCCUGUCCAUCAUCGCUAUCCUUACCCCGGUUGUCUUCUUCAUUACCGACAUCGCAAACUACACUAUUGCCGGCUGGGGAGACUACUUCCGCUGGGUCGGAGCGGCGGCUGCUAGCGUCAUUGUUUGGGAGUGGGUGGAGCGCAUUGAAGCGCUGGAAAGAGAAGAGAGAAAAGAUGGAAUUCUAGGAAGAGAAAUUUACGACGGAGACGAUAUGCUCGACAACAGCCCAUCAGACUCCAAAUGGCCCUCAAAACGGAAGGGCCAGCCAUCAGAAAAAGAUGAGAAGAAGAGUGGGGGAGGUCAAAGCGGAUUCAGCGUCUUCGCAUCUGCACACGCUGGUCGGUUCAAUGAGUUUGCCCAGAGGCUUGGACGGAACAUGACCCAAACGCCACGAACCGAAGCACGAAAGAAGCGCACUAUCCACAUUCCAGCACCACCUCCAGUCAUGCGACGGUCCCCAUCUACGACACGUGGAGAUCGCAACUCGCGGGCCUAUGUACGAGUGCAGACUCCGCCACCAGUGCCAGUCAUCGCAUCACCAGUGAGCAGGACAGACACAACGAGCGCUGACUCGACUGUAUACACAGUCCGCUAUCACCCAAUCAGCGACACACCAGUGAACCCACGCCCUGCACCAGCAGACAGUAGACCUGGGAACCAUGAAGCACAGCCACAAGCACAAGCGUCACAAGAACCUCAAGCAGCUGAUCCCGAGGACCCGGAGAAGGGAGGCGAACUAGAGCCAGUCACUAGCAGGAGCAAAUUCCAGUGGCAAGCAUUGGGAAAUCCAUUCAGGCGGAAAGGACGGACACCCCCGAAAGAGCUCCAGAGAGGUCAGGUCAUCGAGCCACUUGCAGUGGACGAUGUAGCGGCGAACAUACCCCCUCGCAACUACAACGGGCUAGCUCUAGCCGAUCGACUCGGCACCUUUGCUGCACAGCAAGGUGAAAAGCUAAGGUCAAAGAAGAAGUCUGGGUCACAGAACGAAACGGUUCUGCCUGUCACCAUCAUCCCUGCUCAGCCUCGUGGCCAAACUUGGUCUCCAGACAUUAUUCGUCAGCAACAAGAGGAGGCUCAACAAGAGGAGGCCACACAGGCUACGGGCGUGCCGGCUGCAAGCGAGCAAGAUCGGGUGAACUCACCAACGACUUCUCAUGGAGUGACGGAUUCAAGCGAGGUUGUCAACCUUUCCGCUACGCCAAACUCCACACGCACGCCUCGGAUUCGAUUCUCGCCUGCCGCUCCACUUGGAGGAAGUGUUCUCGGUGGAGAGACGGUGCGCCCAUCGGCAUCAAGUACACCACUGCCACAGGAUGAAUCGACGUCAACGAUUGACUUUAGCAGGCCCGGACAGCACAACCGGACAGACCACGACAGCAUUGGCAUGGGAUGGCGCAAUUGGAAGUUCAAAAAUCUUUGGUGUUUCUACGAGGACUGGAUACCCGCCGACUACAAGGCAACAAUGUCUUUAUUCGGUGACGACGAUGACGCGCCGCAGCGCGCGAAGCAGUCGUCGUCGCUCUUCGAUGACGAUCCCAAGCCGGCGGGCAAGACGGGCAACAGCUUGUUCGCAGACGACCUGGACGCCAACGACUCGCCCUGGGGAUUCCCAACCCCCAAGAAAGCCCCACGUGAAGCUCUUGUCAAGUCGCUGCUUCCUGCCUCGGACGUGCCCGACUCGUACAUUGACGCUUUCGACGCACUGCUCGACGCUGGGAACGGCGAAGGCAAUGGUAUCAGUGUUGAGGGCAUCAAGAAGCUGCUGGCCGACAGUGAUAUCCCCGGCCACGCGCAGUCCAAGAUACUCGAGAUUGUGCUGCCGUCUGGUGGCAGCUCCCAACUGGGAAGGAACGAGUUCAAUGUCGUCUUCGCCCUGAUUGGAUUGGCGCAAGAGCAUGAGGACAUCACCCUGGACAGCGUCGACGAGAGGAAAAGGAAUCUUCCCGUUCCCACCGUGACGCUGCCACAGUCCACCAAGGCCCGCGAGCCAUCUCCGCCUCCCCAACAGGUCCAGCCGCCCACUCCUCCUGCCCUACAACGCCAGCCUUCUGCGCAGCAACCGUCUCCUGCAAACAGGUCGAGUGCGCCUAUGCGCAAGCAAUCUUUCGGCGACCCAGAGGCCGAUCCUUGGGGUAGCCCCGACCUGCACAGAGGCCAUAGCCACGCGAGCUACACAAGCUCACAACCGCAUAUCAACGGCUCAAGCGUACCCACUACCGCACGAACGACGAGCCAAUUUACAACUCAGUCGACCGCGGCUUCCUCCAACAUCCCCCAGCCCGUCCAACCAAGUUCCUUGAGCAGCGAGGGCGGCUGGGGCGGAUACAAUGGCGGCGCGAAUCAACCCUUCUCCGCCCCCAGUUUGGAACAAGGAGGAUUUGGCGCACCCACUGCUGGAGAGGCUGGCUCAAACGCGACACCAGAGUUGGGCAGAUCCAUUGGCCGCCUGAACCCAGGUGGCAGUGGGAACGAGGAGGUCAUAACUAUCACAGCACUCUCCGAGAAAGAGGGCAUGUUCAUGUUCCAGCACCGCAAUUAUGAGGUCGCUAGCUCCAAGCGCACAACAAAGGUCGUCCGCCGAUACAGUGACUUCGUCUGGUUGCUAGACUGCCUGCACAAGCGGUAUCCCUUCAGGCAAUUGCCGCUAUUGCCCCCCAAAAGAGUCGGUAUCAACGGCAACCCAAUAGCUGCAGAUGCUACUUUCCUCGAGAAGCGAAGAAAAGGCCUCGCGCGCUUUACCAACGCGCUCGUACGGCACCCUGUCCUCAACCAGGAGCAAUUGGUAGUCAUGUUCUUGACAGUGCCCACGGAACUUGCAGUAUGGCGCAAACAAGCCAAUCUCUCCAUCCAAGAAGAAUUCACCGGCAAACCUCUACCUCCAGAUCUCGAAGACUCGCUCCCAAAGACGCUCCCCGAACUGUUCGAUACUGUCCGCUCGGGCGUCCGUCGUAGUGCAGAAACCUACAUCACCCUCUGCAGCAUGAUGGAGCGACUCUCCCGCCGCAACGAAGGCAUGGCAGCAGAGUACGCACGUUUCUCAUCUGCUCUCAGCGGCCUCACGGAAUCAAGUCAAGAGACAUAUGCCGUCGAUACAAACGAUGUCCCAUUGCUAAACGAGGGCAUGAACGCCACAGCACGACAUCUCGACUCGAGCAGGCAACUGCUAGAAGACGAAGCUAGAGGAUGGGAAGAAGGUGUUCUUGAAGAUUUGAAGAGACAGAGGGAUACUCUUGUCAGUGUACGCGACAUGUUUGACCGCCGGGACAAGUACGCUCGCGAUAACAUCCCACAAUUGGAAAAGCGUAUCGCGAACAAUGAGACGAAACUCCAGAAUAUCCGCCAGAAAACCGCCGAGCAGAUUAAGCCGGGUGAGGCAGAGAAGGUGGAGGAUGCUAUUUUCAAGGACAAGGAAUCUAUUGUUCAACAACAUGCACGUGGUGUCUUCAUUACGGAAUGCAUCCGCGAUGAACUUGCCUUUUUCCAAAAGAGCCAAUAUCAUGUCAGUAGGUUGCAUCAGGAGUGGGCGCAGGAAAGGGUCAAAUACGCGGAGCUGCAGGCGGACAAUUGGAGGGCAUUGAGUGAGGAGGUGGAGAGUAUGCCUGUAGCUGAGUGA